AUGUCCCUUUAUUGUGGAAUAGCCUGCAGGAGAAAAUCUUUUUGGUACUAUAGGCUGCUGUCAACCUAUGUCAAUAAUGCAAGGUAUAUAUUUGAACUGAAGGAAGAUGACGAUGCAUGUAAAAAAGCCCAGCGUACAGGAGCAUUUUACCUCUUCCAUAGCCUGGCUCCUUUGAUUCAGAAAUCAGAGCAUCACCAUCAGUACCUGGCCCCCCGGUAUAGUCUAUUAGAGUUGGAAAGGCUCUUGGAUAAGUUUGGACAGGACACACAAAAAAUAGAAGAUUCUGUACUGAUUGGCUGCUCUGAACAGCAAGAAGCAUGGUUUGCUGUGGAUCUAGGUCUGAAUAGUUCCUCUUCCACAAGUGCUUCCUUACAGAAACCUGAAAUGGAGGCAGAGCUCCAGGGCUCGUUCACUGAGCUGAGGAAGGCUCUCUUCCAGCUGAGUAUGAAGGAUGCCUCCUUGCUGUCCACGGCUCAGGCUCUUCUCCGUUGGCAUGAUGCCCAUCAAUUCUGCAGCAGAAGUGGGCAGCUCACCAAGAAGAAUGUGGCUGGCAGCAAGCGUGUGUGCCCUUCCAAUAAGAUCAUCUAUUACCCACAGAUGGCUCCUGUGGUGAUCACCCUGGUGUCGGAUGGGACCCGAUGCCUGCUUGCCCGCCAGAGUUCCUUUCCCAAGGGAAUGUAUUCUGCCUUGUCAGGUUUCUGUGAUAUAGGUGAAAGUCUAGAAGAAGCUGUCCGGCGCGAAGUUGCAGAAGAGGUGGGAUUGGAGUUGGACAGACUGCAGUAUUCUGCAUCCCAGCACUGGCCCGUUCCUAAUAGCUCACUCAUGAUUGCUUGUCAUGCAACUGUGAAACCAGGGCAGACAGAGAUCCAGAUGAACUUGAGAGAACUGGAGGCAGCUGCCUGGUUCAGUCAUGAUGAGGUUGCCACAGCCCUGAAGAGAAAGGGCCCCUAUACCCAACAACAGGAUGGGACUUUCCCAUUCUGGUUGCCCCCCAAGUUAGCCAUCGCCCAUCAGUUGAUUAAGGAGUGGUUGGAAAAACAGAGCUGUUCUUCCUUGCCUGCUUAGCCCAGAUCAAGCCACCUACAUCUCUCCUGAGUAUCCCUGAGGGGCAUACCAGAGAUUGACUGAUAAAGGGGAGGUGACAAAGGCUAUUUCCAGGCCAGAGUCAAAAGGCACAGCAGAAGGUAAUCCUACCAGGAGACACCUCUACCAGCGAUGUUAACCAAAGUUCUUACUAAUGGACCAUCAAAAAUGUCAGUUUGAGAAGAAAAGCUGAUUAGAUGUCAACUGUCAAAAUCAGUGGGAAGAUGGAGGCAUUAAUUUUUAUGUAGGCCUUUGUUUACCCAUUUUCUGCUUAGACCUUGGAAGCAAACCUCUUCUGGCAUGUGGCUUAUACUGCUGGGUUUACACUAACUAUCAAAAUAUGCCUGGUGUAAUUUUGGUUAAAAAUUUUAUUUUGGUAUUGACAAUAUGUAAGAAAUCUCAAGUCAAUACUAAGUUACUUUAUACUUUAUAGAAUUAGAAUAGUACAGCAUAGCAUUUUUAAAUUCUUGUACAAAUAAUUAUCUUGUACAUGGUAGUUGUCUUAGUUAUCUAGUACUGCUAUAACAGAAAUACCACAAGUGGAUGGCUUUAACAAACAAAUUUAUUCUCUCAG